CCGAGUCCGACGGCGGGCUUGCCGGCCAGUGCCGCACGGCCGCCCGGUGCAGCGCCGGCGCCCUUCGCUCUGCGCGCGCGCGCGCCAGCGCCCUGCCCUUCAGCGACAACGCAAAGGUGCUGUUCGACGUGGCCAAUGCCAACUGCCCCCAGGACAAGGACGUCGGCACCGCGGAGCUCCUCAUGGCCAUGACGCGCCCCGAGCUGUCCCGGAGCGGCGCCGCUCAGGUUCUGGAAGACCUCGGCGUGGGCGCCGACAAGCUGGCGGAUGCCAUCAAGGCGGAGUCGAGCGACGCGGGCAAGCAGCUCGCGCUCGCGGGCGGGGCCGGGGGCGACGACAAGAAGAAGCUGACGCUCGACGAGGUGGCGACGAAUUUGACGCAGCUGGCCCUCGAGGGCGCGCUCGACCCGGUGGUGGGGCGCGAGGAGGAGCUGGAGCGCGUCGUGCAGAUCCUCCUCCGGAGAAGGA